AUGAUCAGAGGGAGGCCAGAUGAUCUGCACAAGACGCACACCACUGCUCCUUGUCUGCAAAGGCAGCAUCGCAGCCUUCUCUCCAGCCCUGCGCCGCCCAGCCUGCCCGAUCGCUUCCGCAUGUUCCGCAGCUGUGAGUGGGAGGUCCUGGAGCGAUCCCUCACUAUCCUUCAGGCCAGUGACUUCUACUGGGGCCCCUUGUCCGUGGGGGAGGCUCACGCCAAGCUCCAGCGGGAGCCUGUCGGCACUUACUUGGUGCGGGACAGUUCUCAGGGCAACUGCUUGUUCAGCCUGAGCGUGCGGAUGCCCGCGGGGCCUGUCAGCCUCCGAAUCUCCUUCCAGGAGGGCUAUUUCCGCCUGAAGAAUUGGUUUUCAGACUGCGUGGUCCAGCUGCUGGAGCUGGUGGUGGCAGGAACCCGGAACAACCCCUUGCACUUUGAUGAGAUGGGGGGAACCCCCCUAGUCUUCUCUGAGCCCCUGUGCCGGAGCCGCCGGGCGGUGCCCUCGCUGCGAGAACUCUGUUGCCAGAGCCUGCCCACUGGUGCUGCAGCAGCAGGGGAUGGAGCAGGAAUAGGAAGUUCCAUGGGGAUGUGCCCAAGGGAGGAGAUGGUCUCACCCCUGGGCAGAAGGGGAGGGUCAGAGGGAAGUGUUGUCCCCAGCCCCUCUCUGUCCUGGACUGGUAGAUGA